GAUGGGGGGGAAUGGGGCACCCCCUGCCCCGUGUCCUGCACACACAGGGGUGUUCCAGCAGAUGGGAAAGAAUGAGUGUUACUUCAUCAACGGCACCGAGCGGGUGAGGUACGUGGAGAGGAUCAUCUACAACCGGCAGCAGGACGUGCACUUCGACAGCGAUGUGGGGGUCUUUGUGGGGGACACCCCGUUUGGGGAGAUCCAAGCCAGGGACUUGAACAGCAAACAGGAAGAGAUGGAGUACAGACGGGCUGCGGUGGACACGUUCUGCCGGUACAACUACCAGGGGUCCACCCCGUUCCUUGUGAACCGCAGAGGUGAGCGCGGGGCAGAGCGGGUCCCCUCGGGAAUUUUCCUGCCCCGGGAACGUCCCUGGAGCCCCUGA